AUGAUGGAGCUUCAGUCUGCAAACCCACUUUUCUUAACAAUUACAGUGUAUGUUGGUGGUUGCCAGUGGAAGAACAAGUCUUGGCGUCAGCUAGACGAAGAGCGUAUUAGAGAGAUAGAUAAGCAAGGAAAAGGGAUGGAAGCUAGGAGAAGAUGGAAAAUGAAACUGGAUGUACUUUCUCCUUUGAUAGCUAGAUGGUUUCCCCUCUUCAUGGGAAUCAAAGAAAGCUUAUUAGGCGAGCUGAGGCUCAUUGUGGAGGUCAAGCCGUACAGCUGGGCAAGUACAAGUAUAAGUAGAAGUGGGCGUGAUGGUCAAAGUGAUGUUUCUUCUUUUUCGAGGGCGUAUGUAUAUGAAACUGGUGCACCACCUGCCAUUCAGUCAAGGACCUAUGCUUCUUUGUCAACAACAGGAACGGGAACCAAACCACCAAUUGAGAAGACCACAACGUUAG